AUGUACGCCAAAGGGAAAGGAUCGACUGUACCCUCUGAUGCACAGGCAAGAGAAAAGUUAGCCCUUUAUGUAUAUGAAUACCUACUCCAUGUCGGAGCACAGAAAAGUGCACAGACGUUUUUAUCAGAAAUACGAUGGGAAAAGAACAUAACAUUAGGGGAACCGCCUGGGUUUCUACACUCCUGGUGGUGCGUGUUUUGGGAUUUAUACUGUGCAGCACCAGAAAGGCGGGAAACUUGUGAUCACUCAAGUGAAGCUAAAGCAUUUCAUGAUUAUGGUUUUGUAAAUUCAGGGUAUGGGGUAAACGGUAUAGCACAUAAUGCAGGCCCAGCACCUAGUCCGCUGGGACAGAUGCCCCCUCAGGACGGGAUGCCAGGAGGACCAAUGCCCCCAGGGUUUUUUCCGCCUCCAGCUUCCCAGCCGUCCCCCCAUUCACAGCCUCAACACAACCCCGGGAUGAUGCAGGGCCAACCUAAUCAACAGUUUAUGUCACCACGAUAUCCAGGUGGUCCAAGAGGUCCAGGGUCGGUGCGAUUACCUAAUCAAGUAGACUUCAAUAACAGCGGCACAGGCCAGAUGCCAAUGGGAAACAGCAUGGAGCCCAGACCAGGACAUCCUGGUAUGGGGCCAAUGCCGAGAAUGGGGCCCGGGGGACCACGCAUGCCUGGGCCUAUGAACCCAUACGACUCAUUACCAAACUAUGCGGGUGGUAUGAGGGGGCCUCCCCCUAACAGUAUGGGCCCAGGAGGUCCAGGACCUGGCGGCAUGCCACCAAUGUCUAUGCCAGGGCCAGGGGGACAAGGAAACAGACCAUGGCCACCCACAACAUCAUCUAUUAACUAUUCAUCAGCAUCGCCAGGUAGCUAUAAUGGUCCUACUGGAGGAGGACCACCCGGUACACCAAUUAUGCCCAGCCCACAAGGAUCCCAAGGACCAUUCUCACCAGCAAGCCAUCAACGAAUCGGGUCAAGACCAGAUGAUGUAGAGCCUCAAAAGAUGCUGUGUUUAGAUUCUACGAAUUCAGGGGACGGGAUGUAUGGAAUGAUGAAGGGUCCAGGGCCCGGAGGAAUGCCUGGGAUGCCGGGGCAGUUUCCUAAUAUACCAGGCGGGCCAGAUGGACAAAUGGGGAUGGGGCCAGAAAUGGGAUCGGUGAUGAAUGGUGGUGAUAUAGAUGGUAUGAAGAACUCUCCAGCAAAUGGUCCCGGCACUCCAAGGGACGAUCUGCCACCCGUGAGCGGGGCUGUGUCAGGGGACAUGGGUGGCUACCCGAGUCUAGGCUACCAAGAUAAUUGGUGAAUGCCUACAUGUUAGGAGCAUUUCAAAGUUCGGUUAUCAAGGGACACAACUCACCUGGCAGCCAUAUUGAAAAACGAUUGCUCAACCGGCUCGGGAUUAAGACAAGUGGAGAAGAUGUGGAUAUUUGUGGGAGUGACCAAGGGAGGGGCCACUCACUGACCGUGGUAAAGUCCAGCUGUGUAAGCCAUUACAUUCCCAUCACUUUCUUUGCUGAGUGUUCUAAUGUCCCGCCAGGAAUCUGUGUCUGCUGGCAGCUGCCAACCCUUGAAUUGCAGUGGACUGGUCCACAUCUUUACAAUGGAUUGGUUUAUUGUGGUUAAAGGGGUGUUUGGUUCAAAAUAUCUUGGUGUGCUGUCACCUUGCCACCCUUUUACUGCGGUUGACUUGUCCAUUUAAUGCUAUUGGAUUAGUCUAUUGCAGGUUUAAGGAGGAUGUAAGGUUUACCGAUGAAUCUUUGUCUACAGUAAGCUCACUACCCUUGCAACUGCCAUGGACAGGUCCACAUCAAUCCAUGGGAUCAGUCUAUUGCAAGUGUAAGGGAUGUUUGUUAGGUUUAUCUGAAAUAAACCCAUACAAUUAUGUCUCAAUUUGUAUAAAUUAUGUGCUAAUAAAAGCUGUGCUGUUCAGCAAGUUGUCAUAGUUCAAACAUGCAUCAGUAUGUUUAAUCUAAUGUGACACUCACUGAACUGACUUUGGUAGGCACUCUGGAUACAUCCAGAUGGAUGUUUUCAAACCUAGCAUUGUUUAGUACAGACACAGGUUCCACAACAGGGACUUGCUGGAAAAGUAAAAUAUGUGUUCAACGAAAACCAAAAACAUGCUGGAAUUCCAUGUUAAGGUUAUUUUAUUAAUCUUCUAAAUCUCUAUAUUUACUGUGGAAAGCUACAAUAAAACCAGUGACAGGUUGUUGUUGUUGUUUGCAAAUAUUUUUAUCAAUGUGUUCAUGUACCUCUUGUUUCUUUGGUGACCAUUGGUUGCUAUGGAUACAGUGCAUAAAAUUUUUUUAACGACACAGUUGGACCCAAGUUGUCAGUGUCAUUGUCCAGCAAUUCUGGUGGUCAGUUUGUUAUACUAUGGGGGGGUGGACAAUCUGCAUGUUUUACUUAAGUAUGUGACUGGUCGUUAUGAAAGCCAGCAUCAUUUAAUUUGUAGGUUGUUUGUAGUUGUACAUGUAUUUGACAGAAAAUUAUAAUUUCUCAGAAAAAUUAUUCUUUUAAAUCAUUUUUUCACUUCAUGUGAAAAUUCAUAUUUUCUCUUAAACAUAAAAUAGAUUACGAAAUGAUCAUGAACAAGUUCCC